AUGUCAAUCUGUGUCUCUGUCGUCUCACACCCGCACGCCGGCGGCCGCCAAUCGCAAUCGCUAGAUAUGUUCGGAUUUCGCGCUCUGAAGCCCGCGAUUGCAAUCUACCCUCAGUUCCUGGAAAUGCUGGUCAGCCGACUCUCGUCCGCGGAUCAUGCCUUGUGCGCCAAUGCGCUGCAAUUGAUCAAUUCCCUCAUGCGCGAUUCCAUCACCUACGACUCUGAAGCCGAGUGGCCCAAAUUCAUCCAGAAACUUCAGGAUCUCGGCGUAAUUCGCGCAGUCUACGUCCUCAUGCAAGAUUCUGCCUUGCAGGAUCUUGCUCACCCCCUCCUCGAGUUCCAGUCACUUACUAAGGUCCUUCUCCGGAAGUGGAAGGAGAUUCCCCUGAACCAGGAGAAGCCAGAGCAUCGCAGAGCGAUGAAGGGCAUUUUUCUGGCCAGCAGUCCGAAUAAGGGAACCGAUGAGGCUGCCGAGAAUGGAGACGAUACGAAGAAAUCCAAGAGGCACCACCCUGAUAAGUGGCAGCGGUUAGGGUUCGAGUCAGAGAGUCCCGCGGCGGAAUUCUAUGAAGUCGGGUUCCUAGGCAUGAUGGAUUUGGCAGACUAUGUGCGCAGUCAUCAAGACGAGUUUCAGAAGAUGCUCCUGGAGCACUCAACGAAGCCAGCUAGGCAGCGAUGUCCCAUUGCACGGGCUUCUCUAGCUGUGACGUCCAUUCUCUACGAGCAUUUUGAGGUGGACAAGUCGGAUAUGGAUGAUUCUAAGAACUAUAUGCUGAUGGAGUCUCGCUCCAGUCUCGACAGGCUCUUCCGUCCAUUGCUGCUCCACUGGACCCGACUGCAUGUUGCAGGUCUUCAGGCUUUCUUCCGCAUGUGGAAAGCCACAGCAGCCGAGACUGAUGACCUGGACAAGCUCGUAGAGCUGGUUCGAAUCCUAAUCGAAUCUGUGGUGGGUGGUGCAUCCCGGACCAAAGACGUCCAAGACGUGGAAGAAGAGCUCGCCAACUUCGAAUAUAACCGCCUCCGCGAACUGCAAAUGGAAUUGCUCGAGCUCACCUACGAAGACGCCUGGGGUCAGCAUCUACGUCAGGUCCGUGAGGAAUUGCACCAUGAAGCCCUGCAAUUCGUGAAGGAACAGCGGAUCCGCUGUCUCCUUCAAGGCGCUUGGUUCUCUCUCGAGUCGAAUUCCAAAUCCGGCCCCGGAUCAACGCCCCGGUCGAAUGCCUCGCACCAAUACGUUCAACUGUCGCACAACCGACGGUAUCUCCAUUUUGGGGAAUUCAAUGCACUGGGUAAUCGAGCCCCAGAGCUCGACGCCCUUCCGGAGAAGAGUGAGUCUAACGUUCCUCUUGAUCUAUCUACGGUCUCAUCCGUCGUCUCCAACGUCUCCACAAAUCCCGACAACGCUUCUUCAUCCACCGUCAAAACCGCCCCUCGUCAAACCGCAACAAAGGUCACCAUCCACGGCUACGCCCAAUCCACAAGUACCUCCCACUCGAAGGGUCACAACAGUCACACCCGCUCAGCGAGUCGAUCCACCCAAAAGGAAGUCGUCCUCCUAGUCCUCCGACCUUCCUCGCACAGCAUCGCUUCCGAAUGGUUAGAUGGGCUGCUGAUGCUACUCAACCAGCAGCCAAUCACCGCGGAGACUACCAAACUGAUCGAUUUGGUGGGCAACUAUGGGCUGAAGAUUCGCCUUCUGAACGUCCGCUUCGAUGACGCGGCAUUUGCGGGCGAGGCUCCGCCUGUACCCGCGCGCGAUGGUCUGGAUGAGGAUUACUACUAUGAUGUUUUUGGUGGGGCGUAA